AUGAGCGAAAACCCGAUUUCCAGCAUUUUCAAUCUCGUUCUCACAACAAGACUAUAUGCUUUUCCGCGAGGCCCAAUCGAGGAGCAAGAAUUUCUGACCGCCGUGUUUCGCGUCCCAUUGCAACGACUGGGCUUUCCGUCUCAGCCUAUACCAUCUCAAACCGGAGUAUUUGAUACAUGGGUCGACCGGGAAAUCGAUGACGUGGAAGGCGCUACCUGGACAGAUGACGAUGAUUGGAACGCGAUAUUUCUACGUGACAGCAUAGAGGAGCUUUUUGAUCAGCUUUAUGGAAAAGACAGCCCAGUGUACGUCAACUGGAAUGACCACGUCAAGCGUUCAAUCGGGAAGGCUCACACCCUGACUCUUCUGGACGCAGCUGCAAUCACUCCUCCGUCAUAUUGGUCUGAGGAUAUUAGAGCCACAGUAGAAGCCUUCACUGCACUUCUUGAAGCCUUCCACAAUGUCAAGGGAAUUGUCUGGACUGAUUACCCAUACGAUGACGCUCUUGAUGGCCGCCUCGGUCGAUGCAACGACUACGCCUUCAUCCAGCGACUUAUAUUCAACGAGUGUCGUCUUUACGGAAAGUCGCUAGAUGAAUACGAAGCCAGCAUGCGUCAAAUACGGGAGAAAUUUGGUAUACCAGUGGAAUUCGAUCUCACUGAAGAAUUGCAGCAGAUCGAGAUGGCCUACAACCAGCAACACUACGAAAUCGAAGAAAGGUUAUCGGAAGCGUCAGAAAUGGAACGGGUAGGCCCGAUGAUUCCUGUCACGGAUGUGUCCACAGAGAUAGAGGACCCAGAAGGCGUGGACUGCGUAGACCUUUUUCGUAACUACGAGGAAGAGCGUGACAAGAUUGAGGACCAGAUGUACUGGCACUCUUGGAUACAGAAGUCGGCGGAGUGGUUUGAGGGUGAGCUGGCGAUGCAGAGGGGGUAUGAGAGGUCAGAGACGAAACAAGACCUGCGCAAGUUCGGCUACAGGCACAAGAACCCCAAAGACGUACUUUCCAUGACACCCGCAGAACUUCGGAAGCUAGAGCAACAGCACUUUCCAAGUCCAGCAAAUAUCUCUCGUCUCACCGGCAUAAGCGAUGAAGAGACUGAACAACAAGCCGAUGCCGCGCGGCGGUGGCUACUGGGUAUGCUCGACUGCCAUGACAGAACAAUGGCCCGGGAACACGAGAUCAGAAUGUUUAGAUUCGCCGUGGAGAAGCAGAUGGAAGAACGAGAAAAGGACUGGACGGAUCUGGAACGACUGUACAUGGCACUCGCAAACAGCAAUCUCGCAUCGCCACAGGAGCGAUUGCAGGCAGCGUUCGUGACCGUCCUUCACUUUGACUACCCGCAACGCCGGCGAGAUGUUAGUGAGGUCGCUCAACAACUAGACGAGCGUCUGAAGCGGGCUUCCGACAUGGACGCUGUGUUAGAUGAGACACGCGAUAUCAUAGUCGCCAGAACUGAAUUGACCAAUGUCGACCAUUUCGCGUGCGCCAUUCCACUGUCACUACUCACUGUCACAGCAGACAACGCUUCUGUCGUCGAUGACAACGCCGGCUGCUGCCCGAUCUGCCAACUCUCAUACACCUCAUUCCAAGAUUCCUCUAUCCUACAACUACUAGGUGACUAUCCAGUGCGAAUCAAGCAGUGCGGUCAUAUCAUCGGAAAAUCGUGUCUAGAGCAGUGGAUGAGAACGCCAAAGAUCGACGAAGCAAAAUACCCACAUCGCACAUGUCCGUGCUGCCGUGUCAAGAUCGAAGGUGUGAAGUCGCCCUCAGUACCCCGUGGGCUACUGGAUCAUUUAAAGACCGAUCGACGAGCCAUGGAGACAGUAAGAGAGUUGCUCUAUGGGUAUGAUAUGGACCUGGAGGAGUGUCUAAGCGCUAUCAGCGCGUGCAUGAGCGAAGAGAUCGCCUGCGAGGAGCUGGUGGCUGAGCUUGUACGGAAUGGUGGAGAGCAAGACGAUCAAGUACUGAAGGAUAAAUUUGCGAGUCUGGAGAAGGAGAAACGGGCUUGGGGUUUCAGGGGGAACGGGAUCUGGAAGAGGCUGCGAGAGGAAUGGAUGAACAGCGGUGUCACCCGGAAGGCUUGA